UUUCGACUUCAGCGGCGCCACUCUGAAGCAACCCCGUCUCCGCCGGAAGUGAUCAAGGGGUUAAUAAACUGCGGGUAAUUCCAAAAUGGGCGAAGAUUUCUUCCAAUACCUACCAUCAGAAAUCAUAGUAGAUAUCCUCUCAAGACUCCACACUCUAGACGCUAUGGCCUGCAAGUGUGUUUGUAAGCCAUGGCUUGUUCUUCUUGCUACCCCUGAGUUUGUGAAUUCCCAUAUAUCUAGAUCAGUCCCGGGCCUUGCUGUUGAAACACACGCAAAGACAUACAACGUCAUUCAAUUUGUGGAUGAAAUUGACCUCAACUUUGAUGAGCAGCAUCGUUUGAAUGUAGACUUCUACUUCGAACUCCCUUUUGAUGAGCCAAUGCAUAGUUCAGCUAAUGGUUUGAUCUUUCUAUGUGGCGACGACCAUGAUGAUCUUAUCCUGUGCAAUCCAAUCACAAAUGAUUAUAUCAAGCUCCCUUGUCCUCGGCAAACUUCCCCAAAAGAUCUGAUUUAUGUGGAGACUUUUGGAUUUGGAGUGAGCAGGAUGACCGGCCAAUAUAAGGUCGUUAGGAUUUUCGGUGGCACAUCACUACAGAAGGAGUACAAAAAUGAGUGUCAAGUAUACACUGUAGGAACCGGAUCGUGGAGAAAAGUCCCCCCUGAUAGCUCGCUCUGGUUAUAUGAAACGGUUGGAGGGGUAUUUCUGAAUGGAAAUCUUUAUUGGACGGUCGAGAAAGCAACAAAUGGCUCUGGUAGAUGGAUUUCUUGCUUUGAUCUUGAAACAGAAGUUUAUAGCUCCUUUCCUACACCUCCUUAUUUCUAUCCAGAUGUUCUCUUUGGUAAGACACUCUGUGUUUUGAGGGAUUGCCUCUGUGUAAGCGAUCUUUCAGAUGAUGGGACUGGGAGUAUUGUAAUCUGGUUGAUGAAUGAAGAUGAUCAGUGUUUCGUAAAGGAACUAAUUAUCAUCCCCGGAUUUGGUUAUUACUUUGAUCAUUAUCUUCAUGUUUGGCCAAUAAGAGUUUUCGAAAACGGUGAUGCCUUCGUUGAAGCAGAUGGAGAUCUAUUCUACUACUCCAACACUUCGGGAACUUUUGAUGGAGAUCUAUUCUACUACUACAACAAGUCGAAAACUUACACCCUUACGACUAUGUAUGCCUCAAGCUUUCUCUCGCUCAAGAGUUUUGUGAUGGAGAAUGUUAGCUCAUUUUGAGUUGUGACUGUAGUUUGAUCGUUAUGAUUGGUUUUAAACCGUAGGCCUCUUUUGUAGGAUCGUCUUGGACCUCUUCGAAUAUUGUUUUCUUUAAGUUAAAUUACAGUUCUUGA